AAGGAGUUACAAAAAGAUUUUGCGCAAAGCUUUUCCGGAAAGCUUCCAGAGGAAGUAGAAUUCAACUUAGCAUACAUCAAAUUGAUCUGUUGGAUGAAGCCAUGAUUGCUAUGAAACCUUAUGUUAGCCGUGAUUUCCAGAGGCCGUUAGUUCCAAUCAAAUUCUUCGCACAGUGGAAAGCAUGCACUUUUCGGGACUUUGCACUAUACUUUGCCUUUCUCUUGUUGAAGCCGUUUUUGAGCUCUCGAGUGUACGAAACGUUCUUAAAGUACUGCGUUGGAAUUAGAAUUUUGCGAACACGCAGCUGUUCCACAAAUUCUACAAUGCUUGACCUCGCUGAAACCCUUCUACGCGAAUUUUCAAAUGAAUAUGACGAUAUUGUUGGCUAUAGAGACACUGUAUAUUCUGUGCACAAUUUGAUUCACUUGACUUCAGAUGUGAGAGUCACAAAGUUGCCACUUGAUGAACUUUCGACAUACUCGUUCGAAAAUUCAUACAGGCCCCUCCGAGAUCGUGUAAAAUCUUCCAGUACGCCUAUUGCUCAAAUCGAAAAAAGAUUGCAUGAAGUAGAUAGAUAUUACAAAAUGUACAAAAUUUACCACGAAAGUCCAUUGUUAGAGAAGAGCAAAAAUGGAAAAGUAACCAAAUUUAAGUUAUAUUACUCGUCUUUUGUAGCUGACUCUUUAAAUGAUAGUUUUUGUAAAAUCGAUGAUUGCAUCGUUCAAAUUUCGUCAGUCAAUGGUGAAAAUUCUGAUUGUAAACUUUCAGGACGAGUUUACGCCAUUGAAAAGCCAUUUUUUGUUUCUCCGAUUGAUUCAUCUCUCCUCGAAAUUUUUGUUAUCAAGGCGACUCACAGAGUUAUUACUUCUCCCAUAAAUAGAAUUUCUUGUAAGCUCUAUGUACUUCCCUACUUAGACAAACUAGUCUCAUUCCCUGCUGUUCAUUCAAUAUAA